GGUCAGCUGCUCCCCGUCCCCCCCGCCCGCCGCCCGGGUCCCGCUCUGCCCGCGCCGCAGGCUCCCCGCAUCCCUCCCGGCUCCCUCCUCUCGGCUCGGAUUUACAUAGUGAUGUGUAAACUACAGGAUGCCCAGCAGCACCGGAAAGAGGUUUAAACCUACUAAAUACAUCCCUGUCUCCACAGCAGCUGCCUUAUUAGUGGGUUCGACUACUUUAUUUUUUGUUUUCACGUGCCCCUGGUUGACGAAAGCCAUCUCCCCAGCCAUCCCAGUGUACAAUGGGCUCGUGUUCUUGUUUGUACUGGCAAACUUCAGCAUGGCAACUUUCAUGGACCCAGGAGUUUUCCCACGAGCAGAUGAAGAUGAAGAUAAAGACGACGACUUCCGAGCUCCACUUUACAAGAACGUGGAGAUUAAAGGAAUCCAAGUACGGAUGAAAUGGUGUGCCACCUGCCACUUCUACCGUCCUCCCCGCUGCUCCCACUGCAGCGUCUGUGACAACUGUGUUGAGGAUUUUGACCAUCACUGUCCAUGGGUCAACAAUUGCAUAGGACGGAGGAACUACCGCUAUUUUUUUCUCUUCUUGCUGUCCUUAAGUACGCACAUGGUUGGAGUAUUCACCUUUGGGCUCAUCUUCGUACUAAACCAUAUGGAAAAGCUGGGAGCAGCUCAUACUGCCAUUACAAUGGCUGUCAUGUGCGUAGCUGGCUUAUUCUUUAUUCCAGUCAUUGGUCUCACUGGCUUCCAUAUUGUUCUAGUGGCCCGAGGGCGCACAACAAAUGAGCAGGUGACAGGUAAAUUCCGUGGGGGAGUGAACCCUUUUACCCGAGGAUGCUGCGGAAAUGUGGAACAUGUGCUCUGCAGCCCCUUGGCUCCAAGUCACCAUCUUCCACCGCAGGGAAGCUGUUUCAUGUUAACUAGGUACAUAGUUGAGCCCAAGAAGAAGCAAGCUGUGAGUGUGAAGCCUCCUUUCCUCAGACCCGAUUUAUCUGAGCGACAGAUCACAGUGAAGAUCAGUGACAAUGGGAUCCAAGCCAACCUCAACCGGAGCAAGUCUAAAAUUAGCCUGGAAGGUCUGGAGGAUAAAAGUAUGGAUGUGCAACCACCUCUCCCACCCAAAGGAGAUCCAAGCAAGUACUCUGAGCUAAAAGGGCAGCUGGGGACCAGUGAAGAAGGUGGCCUUUCACCUAAACUUAUCAGCCCUCCUACACCUGCCAUGUACAAGUAUCGGCCAUCUUUCAGCAACAAUCCCAAAGUCCACUACCAUGCUACAGCUGAGCAGAUCACCAUGCAGGAGGGACACAGUCAAGGGGCUCUGAUAGAAGAGGAUGGCGGGAGCCUUGAUUACCAGUCCGAACCCAGCUUGGACAUCCCCAGCUACCGGAAAAGCUCCCUCCACAAGACCUAUCAGUCUUCCCCACUUCAGAUAGAUUCCUUUGCCAUCAAUUCACGAUCCCUGAGCCUGAAAUCUGCUGGCAGGAGAGGGACAGACAAAGUGCCCCUUCAUCCAAUAAAGUCUGAAGGGGCGGCUUCCACCCCUUACAAAAGCAUCUUUUCUCCCAAUUCCCUGUCAAACAGAAAUGGGAGUCUUUCAUAUGACAGUUUGCUAAACCCCAUGUCGCCCUCGGGGAGAAAGUGCAUCACCCAUUCUGCGGUCAGCUCCGUUGGGUACCAUUCCCCAUAUUUAUCAGCCAAAAUGUGCCAUCUACGGGGGAGCGAGCUGCAACGCCAACCACCGCAGAGCUUCAGCCCAGUGCUGGGGGGUCCAGCUCCACAUCAGCGAGACCCCUCCCCAGUCCGCUACGAUAACCUUUCCAAAACCAUUAUGGCAUCCAUCCAGGAGAGGAAAGAGAUGGAAGAGAGGGAGAAGCUCCUCCACUCACACCCUGAUUCAGUGUUUGCAGACUCAGGGGUCUAUGACACCCCUAGCUCUUACAGCCUUCAGCAAGUCAGCACACUCUCUGAAGACCCACGCAGCAUGGCAAUGAGAUACGGAUCUAGAGACAAUCUGAUGGCUGCUACCAGUUUUAGCACAAGGAACCCUAUACUGCAGUCCUCAGUGUCUUCACUCUCAAGUGCAAUGACAAGAGCACCAAGGACUUCCACAACUUCUUUGCAAGCUGAUUUAGCCAAUAAUAAUGUCCAGUCCCAUCAAGCACUACAGGGCAGGGUGAGCAAUGGCUCCUACAAAUCCCCAGGCCACCAGGUCCCGUCGUCCCCCACAGGGAUGCCUAGGUCACCCUCUUACGGAGGCCCAAAGGCUGUCUCGUUUGUAAACACUGUGGAAAUCACAGAGGUGCAAUCAGUGGGAGCACAAAGGGAUGACAUGCAGUUGAAGGCACCUCACAGUAAAAUAAAUGGACAGCCAAAAGGAAUAUCCAGGUUGGGUUCAACAUCAAGUUCCCAGGGGACGCCUGUCAGCCCUGCUAGACACUCAAACGUUAAGAAGGUGUCUGGAGUUGGUGGAACCACCUAUGAAAUUUCAGUGUAAAAUAAAAUUAAUUAAAAAUAAAGAGCCAUCCACUCAGCCAGCCAUGAAGCUAGGAGCACUGUGAAGACUCAAAUAACAACAAAGAAGGAGCAGCAGCAGCCGGCCACUCUCCUUUUCUUGUUUUGGGUUUGUUCUGCUUUCAUCUUUCUCUUUUGGCCAAAAACCAGCUGCAGCCUUAUUCUUGAGGGAAUAAAAUUGUACAGUCCAUACACUCUUCUGAACUGAGAGGUGGGAACUGGCUACGACCUAACACCACAACCACAGAGCGGAUUUCUUUCAUGCAAGAGAGCGCUAAAGCCAUUGUGCGUGCAUCUGUCCAACAAACCUGUUGUGUACCAGUUGUGCUGUGAAAAAGUAUGGUCGGUCCAGGAUCACUCAGUUUCUCCCAUGCCCCUUCCCAGCUCUUCUGGCCAGCGAUGUGUCCGGCAGGAGUCAGAGGCCCGACUGCUGUUUUCCUACCGACACGGAAAGCAGGCUCCCUGUGCUGUCAGCCUGCGUGUGCGAGAACUGCUCUGUGUCCCCCGGGCGUUGCAGGCCGGGGUCCUCCUCCUGGGAAGGAGCAAGGCAAGGGCACUUGGGCCACGAACGCCGUGUCAUCUUUAAAAGCCUCCCUGGUCCCAGAUGGGGGCAGGAGAAAGGAUAGCAACAGCUUCUCAUUGUCUGCCGUUCGCCUCCCUGUGUGAAAUUGCGCGUGUGUGUGUGAGCGCGCGUGCGCGUGUGUGCUUGUCUCUCGUGGAAAAGGACCACAAUACCAGUAAGGAUCUUCCACUCUGACCUCUUGCUCCCUCUGGUUUUUAAAAGCUUCUCUGACUCGGAGACAAAACCAAGCAGAUAAAAAAGGAAAUGUUUGGAUGGGAACAUAUUUUAAACAGCCGUCAGCUGCUUUCCCUGCACCCUCCUUAUUACCUGUUGGAUUUAGGCAAUAACAUGGUUUACUGCCUUGCCCUGGUGCCGUCUGUGUAAUCCUGCAGCAAGGUUAUCAUGAUCUGUUGAAUUUACAGUGUGUGUAACUGAGCCAAGCAUACAUCUAAAGGAUAUAAAUUUUCUGUCUGCCUAAUUACUAGCACAUUCCCUCUGGUCGUCAAUACUGUUAGACAAAGGAUUUUCCAUUUGGUUUUUUUUUUUCCCCUGGGGAACAACUUUUUAAAAUAGUAUCAAUCAAACCUAUUUAACAUUCUGAGGUCUCCUUUUCCUGUUUCCAGAAAACUACAUUUACUUUGUUGGAUUUAAGGACAACUUUACUGUUUAAAAAAACAAAAACAAAAACAAAAAACAAAAAAACCACAAAAAACCAAGAAAGGGGUGCAUUACUUUUGUCACAAAUACGAGGACUCUGGCAAAGCUAAUUUUGGGACAAAUGGAAAUUUUUUUCCAUUCCUUAUCUGCUUUUCCUUCCCAUUCAUUUACCACCUCAGAAGUCAAAAGUACUGAGAUCUGGACCAAUGCUAUCUAGCCAGAUCAUGUGUGCAGUUAAGAAUAUCCUGAGCGACAGUUGCCAAAGUCACUAAAAACGAUCAUUUAUCACUGAGCCAAUCAGCAUACGAAACCUCAACUCCCUACCUGGUUCUCCUGGUGAAUAGUUUUGACUAGAGAGCUAAGUUCAUCCUUUUUCAGGAUAUUUGUUUCAAGGGGUUGAAUCCUUCAGUCCUUGACUCUAACGGAGAGCUCUCCAGAUAUUUGGUAGCAAUUCAGAAUGCAUUGAUAGCAUCUUACGUGUUCUCAUGUAUGUUGAGAUUAAUUAUUCCAGAAGGCAAAUAUUGACAGUUUUGCCUGGUUAAAAUUUAUCUUUUGAUUUGAUAAAUCUUGACGUCUGCUGCAAUACAUACUUAUUACAUCCCUUGUAUAUCACAUCAUUUUUUGGAGAGGAAGGUUGAAGAGAAUGUCAGAAAGUUAAUCAUCUCUCUGUGUAAUGCUCUAUGUUGCCUGAAGGGAGAAACCUGGAAAGCAACGCAGCUGCAAUAGGCCAAAGUUAUGGGAGAGCGAUCUAGAAAUCAGUGUGCAAUUUACUGCCUUGAUGAUAUUUUAAAUGCCUACUGUAGGGACGUUGCAGAGCAGAGAAGCAAUAGUCUUUCUAUGCAGAUUUGCUCACUGGCAUGUAGAAUGUUAUCUUUAGUUGGAGGCACCCUGGUGCCAGGAAGAUGCUGGCAAACUGGAUCAGGUACAGAUGGAGCAAUAUAUAUUAAAAGACUGGAUGGGCUGGCUGAUGAGAAGAUUUAAAGGGCUAAAAACAUGUCACUGGCUAAGCAAUGAAGUGGAAAUUGAGUAUCAUACUUUCACAAACAUGUUAGUUAAAAGAUGUAAAACCAAAGGUAAAUCAAAGGGUUGUCACUGGUAACCAACGGUUUACAUUUAGAAGGGGGCAGAAAAGAUGGAGGGGAAGAAGCAGUGGAAUAGUCUUCCAAGGCAGAGUAUUGGAGACUAACUAUCUAGGACAGUCAAACGGUAUUUGGAUAAGUCAUUAAAAAAAAUUCUGUAAGAGGUGAGCCUGCAGGGGCAAGGGGCUAGACCAGAUGGCCUUAUAGAUUUCUUCCAUCUUUAACUGUUACUAAUCUGCAACUCUACCCUGAUGUUAACUCCUCAGGAAGAUGCAGUACUUCCUCAAGGACUGGAAUUCACUCUGGUGCAUAGAGUAUCCACAAGACUUACUUGUUUUUAAAGUAUCACGUAUGCCACAUGUAAGCCCUGAAAAAGAGGGGCUAUGUGGCACACUGAAUUUGGGCUAGGGAGCUGGACAAGGGCACAUUUUGUCGUGUAUCUUUGAGUACGUACAUGACAUUCAUGCAAGCAAGGCUGAAAAUUUGCACCAGUGUAAUAUUUGAGAUUUGCAUCCCAGUGAUGCUCCACUUUGAUCGUUCUUUCUCCUGCAUUUAUAAAUGAAAAAGCUACUGAGGAACUUGAAGGGCCAAAGAGCCUUUGAAGUUAACUACAUUAGUUCAUGAGAGAAUUUCUCAGUAAGACUAAACACAGUAUUGUGUGUAUAAAGCACUAAUAUCCAGGGUUAUUUUGACACAGUUCACGAGGGGUAAGGGAAGAAAGCACGAAUGCACUGUGUCAUUACAGGUUCGGAUGUAAGGAUUAUGUAUUUUGUGAGUAGUUUUGCCCACAGCUGGGAGACGUUCGACUUGUUAAUAGGUUUACAAUGGUACCAAAGCAUUUUUGUUUUUUCCUUUAGAGGUUUGCAUAUAAUUCAGUGCACGUAGCCUGGAGUAAAUUAUUCAAAUCUUCUGAA